UAGAUGCGCUGAAUGUGAUGGGUAAUGGAUUCCAAAGAAACAUCGGGAAAGGCAAGCACUUUGUUUUCCAAUGUGUAAACAUUGCAGUUAGCAGUAAUAUAAAUUUACACUUGUACAUGUGUUAAUUUGUGCUCAAAAUGGAUCCAGCGGGUUUAGAUCAACAGACAAUGGAUUUCCUGAGUCUACCUGUGGUUAUGGUUGAAAAUAUUUUCUCGUAUCUAUCUUACGAUGAAAUCGCCAGAAACAGACUGGUGUCAAAAGCGGUGAACCAGAUAUGCAUGCGAAUGUUGAACAGAGGUUUCCUAAUGAUUGAGAGAAGGCAUGCGCUGGCGCUCAAAAAUGUCAAAUCGCAACUGCCGCGCAGGGAGUCGGAACGCAGAUAUCACCCACUGUCGCGGCACUGCGACAUCCUCACCUCCAUAGAGACGCGCAUCUCUAUGCUCAACAUGACGUACGCCAAGUUCAUAGACCACGGACUGUGCUGCUUCAUACCGGGGAAGGUGAUAGACGAAAUAAAACGCGUCCUAACGAUCGUAGAGAAAUCGACGAGUCCGCCGCGAGCUCACGAGGUGUUGCAGGAGUUGAGAGAUAUCUCCAGCAUGGCGAUAGAACACUUUGACGACAAGAUAUCGCCUGUGUUCAGGAAACAGCUGCAGGAGGGAGCCGCGCAGCCCGUGCCAAGACCUUCUGCGUCGGUGCUGGCGCCGCUGGCGCUGCGGCAGGAGGUGGUGGCGGUGCGGCGCCGCUCGCUGCUCAACGCGCGCCUGUCGCUCUACCUCGCCACGCAGUUCAAACUCUACUACAAACGGAUGUUGGAAUACAAAAACCUAGCUAUGAGACAGCAGAAAAUGAUUCUACACUUGAAUCGGAAGCAGAAGGACCAGGACGCCGCUAUAGCUGAAUUAAAGAAGCGGAUCGAGGAAUGUGACAUAAAAUAUACAGAGUUGACACACACGAACCAGGCUGCGGGAGGGAAAGCCAUUGCUGCGACAUCUAGCGAGGUUUCUCCAGCACCUACACAACCAUUGCGACACUUCUCUAGUCAGAUCAAGCUGGAUUUGUCUGUACUACCAAUAGGCACGUCCAAACGCAGCCAUAGCAAAUUAUUGCCAAACAUAAAACCGCGCAAGCCUCUAAUCAAAUUACCAAGUCUGUCAGAGGACGACGGUGAACCACCAGCCAAAGUAUCAAAAACAGAAGAAAACGCCCGCCCGUCGACCUCGGGGAGUUCAAAAAACCUCAGAUUACCGACGUCGUUUCGCAAAAUACACGGAAUGACCAACCAGUUGCAACGGUUGGAAGACUUAGCGUACAGCUUUGAAGGUAAUUUGAAACGUCCUUCAGGGUUGACCCCGGAAAUAGCGGUGCCUGAUUGUAAGAAGCCCAAGAUGGAUUAGUUUUGGUUGUACAGUUUGAAACAAUGUGAGAACAUGCGAUGGUUCCAGAGUGUAUGAAAAAAAUAUUGGGGUACCUCGUUAUACAAUAAGUAUAUCCCUGGACUGUAAAGAAAAAGUUACUGUAUGUAGAAGAAAAAACAUUAUGUGCGUUUACCCCAAUUAUAAUGAGGUAACAUGUUAUAUUAAAUUUAUGUAUGGAUACAUGGCAUUAUUUUUCAUCAACGCUGCAAAAUUUAGUGCAUAUUUUUUUGUUAAAAGUGUAGAUAAUACCGUCUCUAACUCGAUAAGAAUUCAUAUUGAAUUUACAGGGACAUUAGUGUUUGAUUAAUGGACGUUAAAUUUUUUCGCGCCUUUUAUGUUCGUUUCGCCCAAUAUUAAUCAAAACUUGAAACAAAAAAGUUUGAUUUUUAUGUUAAAUUGUCACUCAAUCACCCAGAAUUUAAAUCAUUUAAAUCACUGCACUGUAAAUAUAUUUCUAUAUCAAUAAAUUGAUAUUGUCUCUCCAAAAUGUUACCUGAUUACUUAAUAAAUUUGUUUUUUUUUCCUAAGCCAUAGAUAUGCGAUUGACCGUCCUCAUUCUAAUGUUAGACAAUAAUUAAAAUACUUUUGAAAGGUAAUCGUAAGAAAUCACUCUGCAAUGAAUUUCUGUUGAUGGCAGAUUUAAAGAAUUCCUCUAAAUGAGGGGGUUUUGAAAUCUAUGGAGAAAAUAUAUUCGAUUGAAAAAAAUUUUUUUUUGUUAUGUUCGCUAUCUUUCACACUUUUGUGAAGGUUGCUUUCUCAGAAAACCCAUUUUGGGGGUUUAUCGAUUAUAUUUGCAGCUAUUAUAAAUUACAAAAUGGCAACCUGGCACUAUAUGACACGUUCUUCGUAAAACACGGUUUAAAGAAGGUUUUCCCCGGUAGGGAGCGCCUCGGCCGUUCCCCUAAUGUGGGAGAUGCUCUCUGAUGCUGAUAGCACAGAAUCAGGUAUGCAGUCAGCACCCAAGCCAUCGGAGGCAGUGGAUAAAGAAACAAAAUCGUAAAAUACAGAGUGAAUUUUGCCUUAGGUAUUGUAAAGCAUGAUCGUAGAAAUAUAGCAAUUGUAUUGAUUUGAUUGCCUGUCAAAGUAUUUUAAUUAUUGAUGUGGUAUUUUCGGAUAUUUUACAGUCAGCGUUAUAUAAAAUAUUUUUUAGUAAAAAGGUUCGUGUUUUGAAGUGAUUUGUUAGACAAAAAGCAAUAUUUGAGAAUUGAGAACUUAAGGUGUACUUAUACGUAGACAGACUUAUGUCUAAAGUACUUUAAAGUAUAUUUUAUAUUAUAUAAUACACCAAAUUUGGUUCAGACUCACACUGACUAUAAUGUGUCGUAAAUAAAUGGAGUUACUAAAGAUUUUGUUCUUUAACACCCACAUUAUUAAGAGUGCCAAUAUAAGCGUCGGACUAAAUCGCGAUCGUAUAUAUGAUUAAAAAUACCCCAAAGUGGUUUGUUAGAGGAAUUGCUUCCCGGGUAUAGUUGAGUACAUCCAGGCUGAUGCUCUGAGUUCCCUGGGGAACGUAAUUUUUUACUGUUUCCUAGAUACAGUGGAGUCACUUUAUCAUACUAAGAUAAAAAAAAAAUACUCUAAGUCCUGAGUAAAUGACAUGUAUGGCAAAGGUGUUCUACCUAACGUCAAAAGUGCCUGACCUAUAAAGUUGUGCGUAAAAAUAAUUUGAGUGACAAACUCACCUAGAUUUAUAGUAGCAUAGUGAAUAUUUACGCCAGUAUGUCUAGGAUUGGCAGAGGUGUAACAAAUGGACCCAUACACCUUAUAGAAUGUGAAAGGCGGCAAGUCUAUCGCCAUAUUGGACAAAGAUUUAAGGGUAUGAGAUUUAGUCUUUUCGCCGAAAUUUGUAUCAGUUGCCUGCACAAAAACAUGAUAGAAAACACACCAAUAAAGCAACAAAUU